UUUGUUUUGUUUUGCUUUUUUUGGGAUGCUUUAUUUCCUCUCUCCUAGGCAUCAUUUUCAGAGGUUGUCCCAGUGGGAAUAAAAACACUUCAUGAUUUUCCCACAGACGCGUCAGUUCCCCUGAAUCGGUCCCGUUACGCAACCCGGUUCACCCCCCGUGGAAUUCAGAUCCAAGUGGGUUUGCCUCCGAAUCCCACCGACACUCAGGACGAGCUCUUCCGGUCUUUUAUUGCCGCUGUUGGGAUUACUGAGGCCGGUGUGUCCGUGGGAGUGGGAGGGUGGGGGGGUAGGACCAUAUUGGACGCUCGUCGGUCGAGGUUGGACUCCACGGACUGAACAUGUCGGGUCAGACGCUCACGGACCGCAUCGCCGCGGCGCAGUACAGCCUGACGGGUUCCGAGGUGCCCCGGGCGGUGUGUAAAGCCACCACGCAUGAGCAGACGGCCCCCAAGAAGAAGCACCUGGAAUACCUGAUCCAGGCCACACAGGAGACCAAUGUCAACGUCCCCCAGAUGGCGGACACGCUGAUGGAGAGGGCGGGAAACGCCAGCUGGGUGGUGGUUUUCAAAGCCCUGAUCACCACCCACCACCUCAUGGUGCACGGCAACGAGAGAUUCCUGCAGUUCCUGGCGUCUAGAAACACCCUGUUCAACCUCAGCAACUUCCUGGACAAAACCGGCUCUCACGGCUAUGACAUGUCGACGUUCAUCAGACGCUACAGCCGCUAUCUGAACGAGAAGGCCUUCGCUUACAGACAGAUGUCCUUCGACUUCGGCCGAGUCAAGAAAGGGUCUGAGGGGGCGAUGAGGACCAUGUCGGUAGAGAAGCUGUUGAAAGGAAUGCCCACCCUGCAGAGCCAGAUCGACGCGCUGUUGGAUUUUGAAGUGCAUCCACAGGAGCUGAACAACGGCGUGAUAAACGCCUGCUUCCUCCUUCUCUUCAAAGAUCUGAUUAAGUUAUACGCCUGCUACAACGACGGGAUCAUCAACCUGCUGGAGAAAUUCUUCCAAAUGAAGCGGAGUCAGUGUAAAGACGGGCUGGAGAUCUACAAGAGAUUCCUGACACGGAUGACCCGAGUAUCCGAGUUCUUCAAAAUAGCCGAGCAAGUGGGAAUUGACAAAAAUGACAUACCUGAACUGACUCAGGCCCCGGAGAGUCUUCUGGAGUCUCUGGAGACGCAUCUCAACACCCUAGAGGGCAAGAAGCCAGAGGAUAAGUCGCCCACUAAGCAGGAGGCGACGGCCAACAGCAGUUCACCGGCAGCAGCGGCAGCACCGGCCAAGCCCGCGCCCCCCGUCCCCGCCGCCCAUGGACCCCCUGCUCGCCCCGGGCCCCCUGCCAAACCCCCUCCGCCCUCUGUCACCCCCACCGCCCCAGCCCCCGCCCCUGCCGCCGCCAAUGCCCUGGAUGAUGGCUUCCUGUUGGAUCUAGACCCCAUGUCCUCCUCAUCAGCAGGGGGCGCUGCAGCUGCUUCCACAACGACCGGAUGGGGAGAUCUCCUGGCUGAAGCACCUCCAGCUGCUGCUGCUGCUGCUGCUGCUGACAGCGCCUCCGAGGCUCUGCUGGCUAAAGGAGACUCUGCUGCUGAGGCUAACGCUGCAGCCGCCACCGCCGCCCCUGCAGCUGCGGCGCCCACCGCUGCCACCGCCACUGUGCCCGCUGCGGCGCCCACCUCGCUGCCCGUCUCAGCUCCCAGCACCACCUCAGCCACAGACAUCGACCUUUUCGGAGAUGCCUUUGCACCCUCCCCAGGAGACGGUCCUGCUGCCGUGGCCGCCGGCCCCGCUGCUGAUGCGUUUGGUGGAUCUGACCCCUUUGCUACGACGGAGGGCAGCGCGGACAUUGCUCCGGAGCUGGACCUGUUCGCUAUGAGGCCUACCGCCACAGGGGCUGCCACUGCCACCGCCGCCGCCGCCACCACCCCUCCCGCCACCUCUAGUGAGGCGCCGACCAUCGCUGCCCCCAUCGCUGCCCCCGCUGCCCCCUCCCCUUCUUCCACCACCACCACCACCACCACUACCACCACCGACACCACCACCACAGAGUCCGCAGCCGCUCCGACUCUAGAUAUCUUUGGUGAUAUGUUUGAUUCUAUGCCUGAGCAAAGCCCUACCACUGAAUCCAAAGCUGCUACCACUCCUAGCGUAGACCUUUUUGGUGCAGACCUUCCUGCUGUUUCACGCGGCCCUUCUCCUUUGCCUGAACCGGCUCCGGUUGGAGACAUCGUGACCGACUCCUUUUCUUCUCCGGCUCCGGCCCCGACUCCAGCUCCGGCCCCGGCUCCGGCUCCAGCUGAAGCCCAGUCCCCCUCCCCUGAGGCCCCCAGCCCCCCCAAAGCAGAGCCAGCACCAGUCAUAGACCUGCUGGACUCCUUCAGCAGCCCUGUGGACGACGCCCAAAGCUCCGCCCCCGGAGGACCCGGAGACGACCUGCUGGGAGGCCUGAUGUCCCCCACCCUGGCCCCCACAGUGGCCCCGGUCCCUGCUCAGAACGACCUCCUGGAGUCCGGCUUCGAUGCUCUGGGGUCUCUUCCCUCCCCGACACCACCGGUUCCUGCUGCAGUUUCAGCCGUUCCUAUUGUUCCGGCCACAGCAACAGCAGAACCUGCAGCCGCCACCACCACAGCAGCAGCAGCGCCCUCUGGUGGCUUCGAUGCCUCAAUGUUUGAUGGAUUAGGCGACUUGCUGAUGCCCGCCGUGACGCCGCAGAGCACAGGAGGAAGCAUGGGAACCCCAGCGUCGGCGGGAGGCCUUCCAGCCGCCGCUCCGCCCGCCACCCCCCCGCCCACCAAAACCAUGGCAGGAGAUCUGGACUCGUCACUGGCCAACCUGGUCGGAGACCUUGGAGUCAAGAAAAAGGACCCGAUGAGUGAGAAGAAGCUGACCGGAGGUGCCAACUGGAUGCCCCAGGUGGCCCCGACCAGCUGGGCGACGCCAGGAGCCCCCAUGGCUGGAGCUGCUCCUGGAGCCCCCGGAGCGGCGCCCCCUGGUGGAGCCAUGGUGCCACCCAUGGGAGCACAGCCUGGUUUUGGGAUGCCUCCUGCAGGAGGAGCUCCCAUGAUGCAACCCAUGAUGGGGCAGCCGAUGAUGGGACAGCCCAUGAUGAGACCUCCCUUCACUGGGGUGGGUGGAGCUGCACCCGGAGCCGCUGCACCUGGAGCACCGCUUUCUCCAGGACCUGCAAGCCAGAGUCCCAAGAAGCCCAAGGACCCACUGGCAGAACUCGACCUCAAGGACUUCUUAUAACCCCCCAGCUGGUUUCAGGGCCCUUUCACCGUUUGCCUGGUGUCUGUCAACAUCUCCGGAUGCCAGCAGCCACCCCUUCGCCCUCCUGUUCAGCUACUUAACCUUCUAGAAGCCUCUUUUCUCCGCCCCUUUCGUCCAUGCCCCGCCCUCUUCCUGUGUGAUGUCGUAGCACAAACUGUGAAAGUGAACCAUAGCGGAUUAAAUAUAUAUAAAUAUAUAUGAGAAGAUUUAAAAAAAAAAAAAAAAAAAAAACUCAAGCGUGUGCUAAUGUAGAUGUACUAAUCUUUUUGUCUAAACAAAAUCACAUAAAACCUCCAAAAAAAUAAAAAGCUCCACAAAAAUACGUGAAGAGGAAGUGAAGGCAUAUGUGUUUAGGUUAAUUUCUAGUGUUGAGUUGAAUGAUGGAUGUGCUUUGUCGUCCUGAGCUCCACCCCCCUACCCCAACCCCAACCACCCCCUCUAUCUGCCCCCGCCUCUGUACAUAAAGGGGCGGAGCUCUUCUUCUUUGUCCCACUCUGAUUGGAUGGGAGUGGUGAACGAAGCCCCAGUAGAUUUUGGAGAAACUUGUCGUGUGCUGUUUACAGGAAGGUCCUCUUUUUCAUGUACAUAGAUUUCAAUCCAAUCCGAGGAUUUCGUCUCUAUUCUGUACGUCUGUUGAAGAGAAUAUAAAUGUGACUCUGACAUGAAAUUGUACGAAGUCGUGUGAGUAAAACCUUCUGUUUCCUGUCAUCGUUUGAAAGUAUUUGGAAACAAAUAUGAAUAUAUGAUUGAUAUACUGUAUAAACCCACCACAUCUAUGGGCUUCUAAAUCAUUUCCAGACCAGCAAGUGAUCCUUUUUGUUGCUUUUUUUUUUUUUUUUUUUUUUUUUUUUACUUGGUGGUUUAUUUUUUUGUAUGUAUUUUUCUUUCUUUUUUUGUCCCAUGUUAUGUAUAUGUUCUGUUUCUUCUACUGUAGAAUAGUCCCGCUGUUGAUAUUUGCUGACAUUGCUAUCAACGAACAUAUCUUACAACUAACUUCCAUAAAAAGUACUUCAGUAACUCAUCACAACUGAACAGAACCGUCCCUGAUAUAACUGUCCAAACGUCUGUACAAGUAUCUACCUGCAAUAUAGACAUUUACCAGCUGGAUAUGUCUACAUGAAUACUUCUCUGGUUUUUAUUAUCGUUGCUUGUGCUUUCAUUCUAACUAUGACCGGGUCAGUAUGGUAUUAUGUUUAUUAUGAAAAGAUGUUCCCUUUUCAUGCCAAAUUCAUGUUCAGACACAUCAAAUUGAAACUAGCGUCUAAAUUAAGUAGACAGAUGCAUGCUGGGAAAGCAAAAAGGUGUUUUUGGCACCCCCUGCUUUUACAAAUAAGAAAAGAACCAGCUGCUUUAAAACCAAAAUGGAAAUCAAAUCAGAGAGUGCAUGUGUCCGUUUAGCUUCGACCGUGCAGAAACAACAACCAAAAAAAAAUCAUAUUUGAUUUGUGUCUGAGCAUAACCUUCAUCUGAUCAUCGCUGACCUUUGACCCCAUCGUCACCGGCCGCAUGAGCGUGAUGUGCACAGCGUAAGAACUUCACGGGAGGCCUCUGUAAAUGUACUUAGCUAAAAGCAUUGUUACGUUCCCGCCGUGAAAUCAGUAUGUUGUUAGUGUCGACGCGACUUUUUGGACAGAUUUCCAACAUCUCCGUCCUGUGUCUAAAAAAAAAAAAACACUGAGUUAUGAAGCGUAAUUUGUGUGUUGACAUUUCAGUGGCUGGUUGUGAGAAUCCAACGUGAUUCAGAGAAAAUGGUAGGAUAUUAUGAACAUUUUACAAGAAUUAAAAUUGUAUUUUUCUUUAGUUGUAAAUUUAUUUUAAUUACAAUGGCCCUGUCCCCUGUGCAUGUAAGACCUUUGAGAUGCAAUAAAUCAAUGACGGAUUGAAA